CGCAAAUGAAGUGAAAAACACGCUACCAAAGGGAUACAUAUAGAAAAUUUACGUAAAUUUUAUUUAAAUAAAAUUGUGAUAGAAACGCGGUAUAGAAAAGUGAGAAAAACGAAAUAGCAAUAUGGUGAUACCAAAAGAAAUAUUGAGUGAUUAUAAGGAAGUGUACGAAAAGGCUGUCAAAUUGGUCAAUGAAGAAAGUAAAAAUGACCCACCCACAGAUCCAUAUCGAUCACAUUAUGAGGCCAGGGAUUUGCUAUUGCAAAUGAAGGAAAACCUUAAGAACUCAUUGGUUUCUGUGCAAGCAGAAGAGGCAGACAAUGGAGUAGACGACUUUACGUAUAAAGUGAUACAGGCUUUUGUAUGCCGGGAUCUGGGACGAAUUUAUGUUUUUUGUGAAGAACCCUCUACUGGAGAAAACUAUCUAAAUGAGUGUUUGGAUAUAGUUAAGGACAGGAAAAUGGAACCAAAUGCUGUUAUACCUUAUGUAGGAGCUAUGAACGAGUUGGGCAUUGUGUAUGCCAACCGUUCGGAAUAUAAAAAAGCUCAUGAAUAUUUAAUUGACAGUGAAAAGUCUUAUAAAGAGUUUACAUCAUCUUCCAAAAAAGCUUUAGCUAUUACAGAUGUAUUUGGUACAGAAGAAGAAAUUGAAGAGGGCAAAGGUCCCAAGGAGUUGGAAAGCCUUUACACUUUGUGUACAUUUUAUAUGGCUCAAGUUUAUGGUCAUUUGGGAGAGUUGGAGAAAUCCGCACAAUAUUGUCAUUUAACAUUAAGGCGUCAAAUAGAGGCCAAAUCAUAUGAGGCCAUUGAUUUUGCCUUAAAUUCGGCCACUCUUUCGCAAUACUUUAUAGGCCAGAAUAUGUUUAAGCAGGCUCGUCAUCAUUUGGCUGCAGCCACUUUGGUGAUGGCUGAACAUGAAGCUCAAAUGUUGACGCCAGCCGAUCUAACGGACAAACAGAAACAAGAUAUUCAAGAAACUUUUAAACACCGUUAUGCGGAUGUGGCUCGCUGUUGGGCUAAAUAUGGUUUGGGCCUAUUGUCGGCUUCCAAGGAUCGUUUAUUUAACGACGAUGAUGACAAAUUAGCAGAAGAUGCCAAACGCUUAAAAAUAGACGCCAAUUCUUAUCUUUUCCCCAAUAUGUCCCUGGAUACGUACGAGAAACGUAUAAGCUGUGAUUACUGUUUAACUUUUGAUGAUGCCAAAGAAGUCUAUCAUUUUGUAACCAAUUGGUUAGAUAUUGCCAAAGAGUAUUACACACCUGAAAACGAAGCUACCGAAUAUGCUAAAAUUAUAAAAGAUUUCGCAGAACUCUAUCUGCAUAUUGCAUUCUUUGAAGAAGAUCCCGUCAAUCAGUCGAAAAUGCAAAAGCGUAGAGCUAAAUAUUAUGAAGAACUAUUGGAAUUGCUGAAUCCAGUAUUUUAUAUGGCAAUAUGUCGCGAAUGUUGGUAUGGAGCUGGUCUCGCCUAUUGUGCUAUUUUAGAUAUAAAACUGGAUUGUUUCAAAGCCAAUCGUACAGCAAAUCCUCAGGAACUGCACAAAAUCAAUCAAGUAUGCCAGCAGGCCAUACAGAACUUUAAGAGCUUCAUUAAUUCUUACACUGAUAAGGACGGUUCUCUCAAAAUUAACAUCGAUGUAGAUGAACAGCGAACUCUACUCUAUGCCCAUUUCCAUUUGGGAAGACUCCACUACAAAAUAAUUACACCCGACCAGAAUCUACAAUUGGAAAAUCUCUCCAACAGCCUUAAGUAUUAUAAAAUAUUCACCGAUGAAUGUGCUAAACUCGAGGAGGCUUCCAAAGCUUUACAAGCUGAAAUUGGAGUUUGCCGUGAAAUGGUGAAUUUAUUGCCUUUAAAAAUAGCCAACGUUAAAAAACGUUUGCAUAAAUAGAUUUCUUCUGUUUUGAUGAUAAAAUAUUACAUAAUUAAUUUAUUUGUUAAUUGUAACAUAAGCCUGUGUGCAUUUUAAAAGUAAUCCGUCUCAAUUCUUGUCAGUGUCUAGUUGAAAAAUAGUUCCAGCUUUUUUUUAUUAUAAUUUAGCUAAAAUAUAAUACUCAAAUUUCAUUUAUUAUUUUACGAAUGCGUAAAUAUACA